AUGCGCCUGAUCACAAUCUCUGUCCUGAGCUCUAUACUUGGCAUCCAAGUUGUUUCCGGCUCCCCUGAUCUUCCCAUCGUCGACCUUGGAUACCAGCUUCACCAAGCGUCCUUCUACAACAGCGUCGCCGGCCAACAGCAAACUGGAGGCUUCUACAACUUUUCAAACAUCCGGUACGCCGCACCACCAGUCGACAACCUCCGCUUCCGCGUGCCGGAACCACUGGCCACGAACCGUACCGUAGUCGAAACCGGCGUAUCGGGACGCGUGUGUCCCCAGAGUUCGCAGGCGUGGUUAUCGGAAGCCAUCGCCUUCGUGACAAACGUCACCCAAGGACUCGCGUUCAGCUCGUCUGCUUUUAGAGAACAGCAGUCUGCGAACGCCUCUACGACGCCCGUCCGUCAGCCAGACCCGAGAACAAACGAGGACUGCCUUGUUCUUGAUGUCGUGGUCCCAAAGUCUGCCUUUGAACGACACCAGUCCACGAAUAUCUCGGGCUCGGGCGCACCGGUACUCGUCUGGUUCCAUGGUGGCGGAUACACGACUGGUAGUAAAGACCAAUUUGGAGGUCCUGCUGGUCUCCUGGCGCAGGCGACAGCCUUUGAGCCCGAUGGUCUGGUCUUCGUUGCGAUAAACUACCGUCUAGGAGCCUUUGGCUGGUCAGCCGGGCCCACGAUACAAUCAGACGGUGCUGCUAAUGUCGGGCUGCUUGAUCAAAGACUUGCUUUGGAGUGGGUACAGAAACACAUUGCCAAGUUUGGAGGCGAUCCAAAGAAGGUUACCGUCAUGGGCGAGUCCGCAGGCGGCGGCUCUCUGACGCAUCAUAUCACGAAGAAUCUCCAGACCUUCCUCACGUUGCUGAACGUCUCAACGCUUGCCGAAGCCCGGAAGCUGCCAUCGUCAGCACUCUUAGCCGCCAACAGUCAACAAGUCGCGCAAUCGCCGUAUGGCCAGUUCACUUACAAUCCCGUCAUCGACCAUGGCUACGUGCCUUCUCACCAGGCAACUCUCUUCGCCCGUGGUCAAUUCGAUCGAGAUGUUAAUGUGAUGUUCAGCCACAAUGCGAACGAAGGAUUAAUCUUCACUGACCCGAGUGUCACCGACGGCUUCGCUUUUCGAGGACUCAUCAGUAAGCUCUUCCCAAGCUUCAAUGCGUCGUUAGUCGAGCACAUCGCCGAGGUUGCUUAUCCUCCUGUGUUUGAUGGCACUCAACCGUACGUCGACGAUUUGGGUCGCGGUACUCUCUUGAUGGCCGAGACUCGUAUCGUUUGCAACACCCUUCUCCUACGCCGAGCCUUCGGGAACGCGAGCUAA